UUUUAAUUUCUUUCUUCUCUUUGGGAAGAAAAUAAAAAAUAAAAAAUAACUGUUUCUGUUGUAAAACAAAGCAAAAGCUCGCUCCUAAAGGAUCUGACCGACCCGUGAAAGGAAACCUAGGGUUUCGAUUUUUUUUUUACCGGAAUUUUUCUCGGAAAGCGGGAAGUUCACAUCAGAGAUGUUGAUCAGGAGAUUUGCUUUUCUCUGAAUCUUUAGGCUGGAUCGGUCUUAGUUAGGUUUUUUUUGUAGAAGCUGUAAGGUUUGAUAAUAAUGGAUGAUGAUUCGUCUAUGGUGGCUGACAACGAUCAAGAUCGAGAGUUUCAAAGCCUUGAUGGAAGCCAAUCUCCUUCCCCUAUGGAGAGAGAGACGAACGACCAAUCACCACCUCCCCAAGGCGGAUCGGUGCCAGCGCUUCCUCCGUCUUCGGAUCCUAAUCCGACUAGUUCUCAACAGCAAACUGAUCCGGUUGUGGGACAAGAGCAGCACCAGGCGCAAGUGGUUGGUCCUAGGUGUGCACCUACGUAUUCGGUGGUUGAUGCUUUGAUGGAUAAAAAAGAGGAUGGCCCUGGUCCUAGGUGUGGUCACACGUUGACCGCUGUCCCUGCUGUUGGUGAUGAAGGCACGCCUGGUUAUAUUGGUCCUCGUCUUGUUUUGUUUGGUGGUGCGACGGCUCUUGAGGGUAAUUCUGGUGGUGGUGGCACCGGCACUCCUACUUCUGCUGGAAGUGCUGGCAUUCGGCUAGCGGGUGCAACUGCCGAUGUUCAUUGUUAUGAUGUACUUUCUAAUAAGUGGACUAGGCUUACACCCUUCGGAGAACCACCAACCCCGAGGGCCGCACAUGUUGCAACUGCAGUCGGGACCAUGGUAGUUAUUCAGGGUGGAAUUGGCCCUGCUGGUUUAUCGGCUGAAGACCUUCAUGUUCUUGAUCUCACUCAACAACGGCCUCGAUGGCACAGGGUUGUUGUUCAGGGUCCUGGACCAGGACCGCGUUAUGGACAUGUCAUGGCACUUGUGGGACAAAGGUAUCUCAUGGCAAUUGGUGGAAAUGAUGGAAAACGCCCACUUGCUGAUGUAUGGGCCUUGGAUACUGCUGCCAAGCCUUAUGAAUGGCGUAAGCUGGAACCAGAAGGGGAAGGUCCACCUCCCUGCAUGUAUGCAACUGCAAGCGCGCGUUCCGAUGGUCUUCUUCUCCUCUGUGGCGGAAGGGAUGCAAACAGUGUGCCUCUGGCCAGUGCAUAUGGACUUGCGAAGCACAGAGAUGGACGUUGGGAAUGGGCCAUAGCCCCUGGUGUCUCACCGUCUUCUAGAUAUCAGCAUGCUGCAGUCUUUGUAAAUGCAAGACUUCAUGUGUCCGGUGGGGCACUUGGAGGUGGACGCAUGGUUGAAGACUCAUCCAGUGUUGCAGUAUUGGAUACUGCAGCAGGUGUUUGGUGUGAUACGAAAUCAGUUGUUACUACUCCAAGAACUGGCAGGUACAGUGCUGAUGCAGCUGGUGGGGAUGCGUCUGUUGAGCUGACUAGGCGUUGUAGGCAUGCUGCUGCUGCAGUUGGUGAUUUGAUAUUUAUCUACGGUGGUUUACGUGGAGGGGUGUUACUCGAUGACUUAUUGGUUGCUGAAGAUCUUGCUGCUGCGGAAACAACCUAUGCUGCUUCUCAUGCUGCUGCAGCUGCGGCAACAAAUUCGCCACCAGGUCGAUUACCUGGAAGGUAUGGUUUUUCAGAUGAAAGGAACAGGGAGUUAUCUGAGUCAGCCGCCGAUGGCGCUGUUGUGCUGGGAAGUCCUGUUGCACCCCCUGUAAAUGGUGAUAUGCAUACGGAUAUAAGCUCUGAAAAUGCGUUACUUCCAGGAACUCGGUGGUGGUUGCUGCAGAAACUGGUGGGGCCUUGGGUGGAAUGGUGAGACAGUUAUCCAUUGAUCAAUUUGAAAAUGAGGGACGGCGUGUCAGUUAUGGGACACCGGAAAGUGCAACAGCAGCAAGGAAACUAUUAGAUCGACAAAUGUCAAUCAAUAGUGUUCCAAAGAAGGUUAUAGCUCAUCUUCUGAAGCCUCGUGGGUGGAAGCCUCCUGUUCGACGCCAGUUCUUCCUAGAUUGCAAUGAAAUAGCUGAUCUCUGUGAUAGUGCAGAACGUAUCUUCGCAAGUGAACCAACUGUUUUACAGCUUAAAGCACCUAUCAAAAUAUUCGGUGAUCUGCAUGGACAGUUUGGGGAUCUUAUGCGCCUUUUUGAUGAAUAUGGUUCACCAUCUACCGCUGGAGACAUAUCAUACAUUGAUUACCUCUUCCUAGGGGACUAUGUUGAUCGGGGUCAACACAGUUUAGAAACAAUCUCCCUUCUGCUUGCUUUAAAGGUUGAGUACCAGCAUAACGUACACUUAAUACGGGGAAACCAUGAAGCUGCGGAUAUUAAUGCACUUUUUGGCUUCCGAAUAGAGUGUAUUGAGCGAAUGGGUGAACGUGAUGGAAUCUGGGUGUGGCACAGAAUAAAUCGUUUAUUCAAUUGGCUACCUCUGGCUGCAUCUAUCGAAAAGAAAAUUAUCUGUAUGCAUGGGGGUAUUGGUCGUUCAAUAAAUCAUGUGGAACAGAUAGAAAAUAUUCAACGUCCAAUUACAAUGGAAGCUGGCUCCAUUGUGCUCAUGGAUUUAUUAUGGUCGGAUCCGACUGAAAAUGACAGUGUCGAAGGUUUAAGGCCGAAUGCUAGAGGCCCUGGAUUGGUGACUUUUGGGCCUGACCGUGUCAUGGAGUUCUGCAACAACAAUGAUCUUCAGUUGAUUGUACGUGCACAUGAAUGCGUGAUGGAUGGAUUUGAGCGUUUUGCUCAGGGGCAUUUGAUAACACUCUUUUCCGCUACAAACUAUUGUGGUACUGCGAAUAAUGCUGGGGCAAUCUUGGUAUUAGGGAGAGAUCUUGUAGUGGUUCCUAAGCUCAUUCAUCCUUUACCUCCAGCACUUUCAUCGCCUGAAACUUCACCAGAAAGACAUAUAGAAGACACAUGGAUGCAGGAGCUGAACGCAAAUAGGCCAGCUACGCCAACCAGAGGACGACCACAAAAUGCAAAUGACCGAGGAGGUUCUCUGGCUUGGAUGUGAGGCAGACAAAGAGGCACUCGUGCAUAUACAUCCCACUCCCGAAACACUUGUAACAUCUGCCUCCUGGUGUUCCUCAUGUGUACAGAAAAAAAGAUGAGCGAUAGACGAGAAACGAUGAGGUUUGGAGAUAUCAGGGGGUGUGUAAAUUGAGAUGUUGAAAGGUUAGAGAAGUCAGUUUUGGUGGUGGUUAGUAGUGAAUUGUAGAUUUAAUUUGUUCGGGCUUUAGUGUCCUCUCUUUCAUUUCCAUUGUCUGCUGCUUUUUCUAUAAUAUCUUUCUUCAAAUCAUCUUCUCGUUUUCGUUUGUGGUAUAGUUUCUUGGCGAGUGGAUAUGAGUUCUUAGAAUGGUAAUGGUUUAUUAGUUGGAGGAUGGUCUAUCGUCUCUUUUAAUUCUGUAUCAUAGAGACAUUGGGGGCUUUUGUGUAUUUAAAUUAUUUUAUCAGAUCAUACGUUGUAACAUUUGUGUUGAUAUCAUGAUACGAAAUUUUUUCCUGGCUU